CGGACCGCCUGCGCUUGCGCUUGCGCCUGUGGUCCAGGAUGGGCUCGCGGCGGGUCCCAGUCUGCAGGCUGGUGCUGGGGUUGGCGGACGAUGGUUGGUUGGACUGAGCCGGGCCCGGCCGGGUUGCAGAGCUGGAGGGGUUGGCAGUGAGCGGCGGCGGAGGCUGCGGGGUUCCAUUUGGCUGACUGGGGAGGCGGCCGUAGGCAGCCGUGCCCUGCCUGGCGGAGCGCACCCUCCGGGCAGCUGUAACGCAUGGAGCAUGGAAGGAGGCCAACCCAACUUGCCCAUUUCACAGAUUUGGAAACUCAGAUCCAGAGAUAGGAUUUAACUUGUCCAGGAUCCUUGAAGGUAGUUCAAGGAGCCAUGCGGGGCCAGCGGAGCCUGCUGCUGGGCCCCGCCCGCCUCUGCCUGCGCCUGCUUCUGCUCCUGGGCUACAGGCGUCGCUGCCCACCUCUGCUCCGGGGCCUGGUACAGCGCUGGCGCUAUGGCAAGGUCUGCCUGCGCUCCCUGCUCUACAACUCCUUUGGUAGCAGUGACACCGCUGUCGAUGCUGCCUUUGAGCCUAUCUACUGGCUGGUGGACAACGUGAUCCGUUGGUGUGGGGUGGUGUUCGUGGUGUUAGUGAUUGUGCUGACCAGCUCCAUUGUGGCCAUCGCCUACCUGUGUGUCCUGCCUCUCAUCCUCCGAACAUACUCAGUGCCUCGGCUCUGCUGGCACUUCUUCUACAGCCACUGGAAUCUGAUCCUCAUCGUCUUCCAUUACUACCAGGCCAUUACCACUCCUCCUGGAUACCCACCCCAGGGUAGGAACGAUGUCGCAACGGUCUCCAUCUGUAAGAAGUGUAUUUACCCCAAGCCAGCUCGAACACACCACUGCAGCAUCUGCAAUAGGUGUGUGCUGAAGAUGGAUCAUCACUGCCCCUGGCUAAACAACUGUGUAGGCCACUAUAACCAUCGGUACUUCUUCUCUUUCUGCUUUUUCAUGACUCUGGGCUGUGUCUACUGCAGCUAUGGAAGUUGGGACCUUUUCCGGGAAGCUUAUGCUGCCAUUGAGAAAAUGAAACAGCUCGACAAGAACAAACUACAGGCGGUUGCCAACCAGACGUAUCACCAGACCCCACCACCCACCUUUUCCUUCCGAGAAAGGGUGACUCACAAGAGUCUUGUCUACCUCUGGUUCCUGUGCAGUUCUGUAGCACUUGCCUUGGGUGCCCUAACUGUAUGGCAUGCUGUUCUCAUCAGUCGAGGGGAGACUAGUAUUGAAAGGCACAUCAACAAGAAGGAGAGACGUCGGCUGCAGGCCAAGGGCAGAGUUUUUAGGAAUCAUUACAACUAUGGCUGCUUGGACAACUGGAAGGCACUGGCUUACUCGGGUGCUGUUGCCUUCCUGUCACCUGCCCCACGGGAAUGGAAUGACCUGGGACCCCCCUCCCUGGGUGACUGCUCACUCAGCCUCUGUGAUGGCAGUGUGAGCUGGAUCAUAUCUGUCACAACCUGUGUGCCACUCUGCUUCCUGCAUUGUCUCAAGGGCCUCCAAGGACAGCUUCUUGGAAUCCUUGGGCAAAAAGAAUCGGUGGGCCUGCCUUAGAGUACCAUGCAGGGACAACUCAAGGACCAAUCUCCUGGCCACUCCAGAAAGCAGGCAUGAUGUGGAGAAAUCCCAGGACUUGAUGUCCCUUUACUCAGCUCAGGCAAACUGAAGUUCCAGCCCCAGACUGGAGAUUAGGCAGCUAGCAACCUUGCCGGGUGCUGACCCUGACCUCCUCCAGGUUCCAGCACUGGGGUUGGUUACCAUCUCUUCCACGUGCUGUCUGAGAAAACACCUGCACAGUAGAACGGAGAUCCUGGCUCCUCAACAGGGCAAAGACACCAGGCCUACUGCUGAGGUCACUGCCACUUCUCACAUGCUGCUGAAGGUGAAAAAUAAAGGUAUUUGAUUUUUAAAGAUC